GAAGAGAGAAAGAGAAGACAGAGAAAGGAGAGAGAGAAGAGAAGAAAAGAGAGAGAAAUGGCGUCGGUGGUGAAGAGCGCGUUUAGGGCGAUCAGGGAGAAAGGCGUCGGCAACUUCCUCAGGGAGCUCCGGGACGAAGGCUACUUGAGAUGCCUUCCUGAUGGAAACCUUUUGCAAACUAAAAUACACAAUAUCGGGGCAACGCUUGUGGGUGUUGAUAAAAUUGGCAACAAGUAUUAUGAGAAACUUGAAGGCAUGCAGUAUGGAAGACACAGGUGGGUCGAAUAUGCAGAAAAGAGUCGCUACAACGCUUCUCAAGUCCCACCAGAAUGGCACGGUUGGCUCCAUUACAUAACUGAUCACACUGGAGACGAGCUUUUGAUGCUAAAACCCCAAAGAUAUGGGGUCGAACACAAGGAGAAUUUCUCCGGGGAAGGCGAUGAGUUUAUCUACCAUUCCAAAGGACACGCCCUCAAUCCUGGAAAGAGAGACUGGACCAGGUACCAGCCAUGGCAACCUACAAAGUAAUUUUCCAUCAAACUUUGCCCUGGAGAUCGGUAUAUUUUGCAGUCUGAUGCCUGUUCCAGUAAUAAAAGGUCUCUUACUUGCCUGAAGAUGUGAAAAUUAUUUUAAUUGCUCACUGGAACGACAAACUAUUUGACUUCAUUGUUUGAUGAUGGAAACCUACUGCGAAUUAUUGUCUCAAAUGUCCCUUUAUCCACAUAUUAGCGGUGGAUACUCUUUGUUUGCCUGAUAUCCCAACAUGACAUCAGUCGUACUUAUUAACAAAUGUGUUACUUAUUUUGUCUUUGGUAUUCAAUCCAAAGUUAUGGGGAA